UUACCCACGAUUGAAUUAGCUUUAGCUUGGUUUGUUUCGGAGAGAUUCGAAAAGCCUGGGGCCUGAGGGUGGGGUUCGGGUUAGAGCUUCUCUCUCUCUCUCUGCAAGGGGUUAAAGUUCAGGGCCCGGGAGAGAGAGUUCCCUCAAGACUUUGCUCUUCGUGUAGCGCUGCUUUUAUAAAUUACCAUGUGAUUGGAAAUGCAUUCAAAUUAGUAUGCCAUUAGACAAAGGUGAUGGCCCUCCAGGAGGUACAAGAGAGACAUCCAGACAGCUUUCAAGAGAACAGCUUUUUGUGCUGAUAUCGGCAGCUUCCAUUAACUUGGGUUCUAUGAUGUGCUAUUCUAUCCUUGGACCCUUUUUCCCCAAGGAGGCUGAAAAGAAAGGAGCCAGCAAUACAGUUACCGGUAUGAUCUUUGGAUGUUAUGCUUUAUUUGACUUGCUGGCAUCUUUGGUAUUUGGAAAAUACCUUGUACAUAUUGGAGCAAAAUUUAUGUUUGUGGCAGGAAUGUUUGUCUCAGGAGGAGUUACAGUUCUCUUUGGUGUGUUGGACCAAGUUCCAGAAGGACCGGUAUUUACCGCUAUGUGUUUUCUAGUGAGAAUAGCAGACGCAGUCAGCUUUGCGGCGGCAAUAACUGCGUCUUUUUCUAUUCUUGCAAAGGCUUUUCCAAACAGUGUGGCCACGGUGUUGGGAAGUCUUGAGAUUUUUUCUGGCCUGGGACUAGUGUUAGGGCCCCCUUUAGGUGGCUUCUUGUAUCAAUCCUUUGGCUAUGAGGUGCCUUUUAUCUUUCUGGGAUGCAUAGUUCUGCUGAUGGUACCACUCAACAUGUACAUUUUACCUAAUUAUGACUCUGAUCCAGGUGAACACUCAUUCUGGAAACUCAUCACAUUACCCAAGAUUGCACUUAUAGCCUUCGUCAUCAACUCCCUCAGCUCAUGUUUUGGCUUCCUUGAUCCUACUCUGUCUCUCUUUGUUCUGGAGAAGUUUAAUUUACCAGCUGGCUAUGUGGGACUGGUAUUCCUGGGUUUGGCAGUAUCCUACGCCAUUUCUUCACCGCUGUUUGGUUUACUAAGUGAUAAAAUACCACAUCUCAGGAAAUGGUUUCUGGUUUUGGGAAACAUAAUCACAGCCGGAUGCUACAUGCUCUUGGGACCUAUCCCGGUCUUGCACAUUCAAAGUCAGCUGUGGCUGCUGGUGCUGAUAUUAGUCUUGAAUGGCGUCUCUGCUGGAAUGAGUGUCAUUCCAACCUUCCCGGAGAUUCUCAGUUGUGCAUACGAAAAUGGAUUUGAAGAAGGGUUAAGUACCUUGGGACUUGUGUCGGGGCUCUUCAGUGCCAUGUGGUCAGUUGGUGCUUUUAUAGGACCCACACUGGGUGGAUUUCUUUAUGAGAAAAUUGGUUUUGAAUGGGCAGCUGCUGUGCAAGGUCUUUGGGCUCUGACAAGUGGAUUGGCGAUGGGCUUGUUUUACCUGUGGGAGCACGCACAGAGAAGAAGAUCUAAACUCCAAAAUAUCCUCGGCACAGAGGAAGAGCAAACUGCUCUCUUACCUGAUGAAAUCUAGCCUUAAGAAUCCUGGAUGGAUACCUGUGGGGAGACUGAUGGCUCCUGGCCUUGAACAUCAAAGUUGAAAGGGGUUUUCUUACUAUUACACGUAAAACUCCACAGACCCUACCUACACCCCACCAUCCUGAAAGUCUCAACAUAUUUUUGGAGAAUCCUGUGUUGGGCUUUCCUGAAAAGCUGGCCUGUUGAACCAGCCAUGUGUGAAACAUUAAGUGUGAGAAGAUCGGUUGAGAAUCAGCAAGUUUGUGUUUUUAGGUGAUCGAAUUUGUCCAUCAAGAGGUUAUUGACUCCAGGUCUCCUGAUUCCUCUGUUUACUUUUUAUUCUAAAUGCACUAAUUCUGUGAAUAUACCUUUUCUUUAUUAACAGGGAAAUAAAUGAAUUAAUUUGAUAUGCCUCAAA